CCUUUUUCAUUGAAAUAUCUCAGUCUUCACAGACAAAAAACUGAGAACCGAAGGAGAUCAUCGAAGGCGCGGGCGCCCUUUCUCUUCUCUCCUCCUCCUUCUCAUAGUCAUCCUGGGGUGGCGCCUAGUCGGGGAGACUCCCUCGCAGACACACCUGUCACGCCGGAAAAGAUGGCAAUGACAGAAUCUGGAAUCUUGUUAAUGAUAUUUACAUCCUUUCUUCUUCCUGUAUGUCACCCCAGCCAGUCUGACGACUUAACACUGGACAAUGUCUUUAUAGAUCAGGAGGCAGCACAAUCAUUUUUCAGCCGUUCCUUACUUUAUAACAAGUGGGAUUUUGAAGGCAUUAUUCCAGGCAAUUUGGAGCGUGAGUGCAUUGAAGAGGUCUGCAACUAUGAAGAAGCCAGAGAGAUUUUUAAGGAUGACAAAAAAACUCAAAUAUUCUGGGCCAUGUACAAGCAAAAUGCUACAAGCAGUCAAGCCCCCCGGGUGGAUGCCAGUGCCUUAGCAGCUGGCAUUGUAGCAACAGUGGUCUCUUUGUUCAUUGCCAUUGUGGUUGGGUGCUAUUGCUACAAGUCUCGUCAGAAGACAAGAAGAGGAGGAAGCAUUCCUGUGAGAAUGAGCGGAGAACUGGGAACUGAAGAGAGUCUUGGGUUGAAUACUUUCCAUGAUAUUCCAGGGUCCAGUGCACCUGGUUUACCAUCAUAUGAAGAUGCACUGGAGCAUACAGGUCAACAUGAUGCCCCGCCACCUCCAUAUGAAGGGCAGAUCAAUCCAGGUCAGAGGGAAUGAGAAGAUGAAGCAAGGGAUGGAUUAAUUCAUGAAAGAAAAACUCUAAGCCACCUUCACAUGGGGGAAUGUUAAAGGAAGUUUACUGAAGUAAAUGGACAGGAGAAAGCAGCAUUCUGAAAGCUCUCAUGUACUGAUUGCCUUUAUUAUUUAUGUUCCCACUAGACAAAGGCUGACCUUGGACUCAUGUUAGAGCAAAAUGGCAUUCUCCACUUGAAUCAGGAUCAAGGCAAUACAAAGAAAGGAUCAGUGACUGAAGCAAUGAUUUUUUUAAUACCAUUAAUACAGGCAUCUAAGAACAGGUAUCACCUUUACUGAAUGCAUUAAAUCAAAGUAUGAAUAAAAUUAUAUCCCUCCUCCCAAAAACCAAGCCAACUCAGAACAAACUGUUUUAGGGCUGAAUAUAAAAAAAAUAAUAAUACCUUAUUUUCAAGUGGGUGGAAGUGCCAAAACAAAGACUGGCACAGUUACAAAGUCAUGUUCUUAUGUAACCAUCAACGAAGGAGCAAUCCAUUGGAGACUCUGUACACUGAGAUCUGUUAUUAAUCAGGUAAGUACUGUUAAACAAUUGUACAUAGUAGCAAGGCUACUUAUUAGAAAUUCUGCACAAUUACAUAAAUAGGACCUUCAUAUCUUGUUUACUGAUAAACUGCCACCCAUCAAUGUACUGUAGCAUGUGAUCACUGGUCAGGGUCAGUAUUUUAAAGGAAGAUUUUAAGUUUCCACAGAAGAGUACUAUGGGAGAAAUAUGCCAGAGAGAUGAUAAUAUGGCUUGUCUGACAAGGAAACAGAGCAAUUUGCAAGAUCAGAAAGUGCCUUGUUCAGUUGGCUUGGCAGUAAAUCAGAGCUGUGAGGGAAGAAAAUAUCACAAUAUGGUGGCACUGACAUGACAGUUUUUUUCAGCUAAAGUGUAGAUGGAAAUUUAUUUUCAGUUAUAACUAGAUCAUAUUUCUAUGGUUGUAAAGUGCAUCUUUGCAGUGAUAUUUUAUUCUAUAAACAAACCAAAUCAGAGUUCCGAACCAAUCUAGACAGCAAGAGAAUUUCCAUCUAGCAAGUAGGCAUGCCAGCAAUUUUGAAUAGUAAGGAUGUUUUAAGAAAAGCACAUGCAGCUUUCUUUGCACACUAACAAAAACUGCAUCAGUCUUUCCAGUGCUGAAAUCUGAAAUUCCCACAUUAUCAAAUUUUGUAUGAUGUAAAGACAAUCAAAUAAAAGUGAUAUUUAUGAAUAUAAAUUCAGAUUAAAGGUAUAAUUUAACUUUAGGCUUUGGAAUAUGCCCAGGGGGUACUCCAUAAAUCAGGAAAAGCGUAACACAGAGGAUUCAACCUAAGGGUGCAACCAUUAGACAGCUGUAAACUUUGAUAAAUAGCAUCCACUAUCAAAAUGAAUGAAACCAUAGUUAUUACUUAAAAAAAAACCUUGUGAUAAGUCCUUGUUUGGAUGCUAAAGCUGCUGUUUCUGACAACCAACUACAUACACAAACAAUUGGCAACAUUCAUCAAAAAUCAGCAACAUUCUGAAAAGAGGGCUGCAUAAAAUGGGAUUUAAACAAAAAAGUGAAUAUAAGGAAACAUAAAACUUGACAAGAACAGAUCACUCAUCUCAUAAUAAUAAUUUGUUUAGUGGUAAUUGCAGGUUGAA